GCACACAGUGCAGUACGCACACUCACUCGGGUCUCGAGCUGCUCCCCUUCCCCGCGUGUCGCCCCGGCCGCCCUCGACGGCGUGCCAACCAGCCCCAUGGAUCCCACCGCUGCGGACCAGCCGUGUGUCAUCCAGGCGCUCCCGGCGAACUGCAACACCCUCCCGCCGCCGCCGCCGCUGGUCCAGGCGCUCGCGGCCCAGCACUCCCCGGCCAAAACCAACCCGCCUUCCUCCCCGGCCGCCAAACGCCGCCCGGCGCCCCCGAGCCCGCGCCGCACCCGCUCGGGCGGCGCGCCGGAGUGGACGGCCGCCGAGACGCUCGCGCUCGUCGCCGAGGUCGCGGCCGUCGACGACGGCUGGUCCCGCUCCGUCUCCGCGUUCCAGAAGUGGGCCAUGGUCGCCGAGAACCUCGCUGCAUCCGAGGCCUUCGCGUCGGGGCCCAGGACCCGGCGCGGGCGCGGGAGCGGGAGCAAGAGGACUGCCGGGGAGUGCCGCCGCCGCUGGGAGGCGCUGGCGGCGGAGUACGGGGCCGUGCGCCGCUGGGAGGUGCGCACUGGGGGAACGUACUGGGAGAUGGGCGCAGCGGCGCGGAGGAAGGCCGGCCUUCCUGCUGAGUUCGACGCCGAGGUGUAUGGGGCCAUGGACGCGCUCAUACGUGUCGAGGAGGCGCUGCUUGCGGAUGCUGCUGGGGCCGGCGCGGGUGGGGAGGAGAUGGAGGGCUUGGUUGGUGGCGGUGCCGCCGUCGAGGUGGGUGAGCAGGACGGCGGUGACUCCGGUGAGGCCGAGGUUGGAAAAGAGCAGGUCCAGGUCCAGGAGGAUGCAUCAGCGGGAGAGGAGGAGGAGGAGCCACAGGAAGAGAAAGAGGAGGAGGAGGAGGAGGAAGAAGAAGAAGACGUCGAUGAGGAUGGAGAAGAAAUGCAGGAGGAUGGCGGCAAUGCUGGUGCUUCAAAUGACUUGGAAGGGCAUGAGACGGGGGCAAGUAUUGAACCCGAGAAAAGCCAAAACAUUGCAUGGGAGCUGGCAAACAAGUUACACGAGAAUGCGCAGCAUAUCCACACCAUACUGAACGAAGAGGCUGCCCAAGAUGGUGGCCAGAACCAUGCUCUUGGUGGUUUGAUGCUGCCUGAUGCAAUGGAGGCCACCCGCAAAAAAGCCGAUGAGCUGAUCAAGUCGCUUGGUGGGCUUGUCAGCUACCUGAACCAAUUCACCGAGCUGGUCAAGGAAACUGGGUUUGAGAACAUCGCCGGUAUGACCUGAUGCAUGCGACACAGGCUUCCUUCAGAGGAUUAGAUCAUGCUGCUUAACGUUUUAGUACUGUAGUUUAUCUGUGUGUCCAUCCUUGUAAAUAUGGGGGCACUGUAUGAUGGCCGCCCAGCCUGGGUGUAGGGUUUGUAGCAGACACUGUUAAAGUGCCUUGACAUCGCCCCUGUUCUGGGUUUCUGGCCCUUGAUUAGUGUGAUCAGAUGCUCAGAUCUGUUGUCUGGCGUUCCUUUCA